UGUUGCUGACUAGUCAUACACAUGUGUACAUAUCUAUGAUGACUAUCCAGCUACCGAAAGUGUGUAAAAUUAUUAUUUUGGUAAUAAAGUGAGUAUCUUACAAGAUGCAUAUGUAAACAUGGCAUCCGUAAGUUAGCAGAAAUGUCGGUCACCGGAGAGGAGUGGCAGGUUGCCCGGAGGCGAAAAGGUGGACAUAGGAAAUCUAAAGCUGCAGUGACUUCAAAUACAACAUGCCUUCAUGAGCAGCUCGAUGUCGGAAAGCUUGUCAAACGGAUCAGAGAUACAGUGUCUGAGCUGAGAUGCGAGGACUUUUGGCAAGAAUGGAAAGAGAACGUGCAGGUGGCAACAUCAACAUCCCUAUUGAGACCUUCAGAGAUCAGAGGCACUGAGGACCAGAUGGACAGAGAGGGCAAGGUGAAUCAACAUCUAAAAUGUGUGUGCUAUGGUCUUGGUUCCUUUUCUUCAUGUGCCUCGGCCCGUUACCAACUUGCCAUGUUGCUGCUGCUCCUGGAUGCUGGACAGAUUCCACUCCAGGACUGCUUCCUUUAUGAUCCUGCAUUCUCCUCGGGAGAGAAGGAUGUUCUGAGAGAGUUGGGUCUGAUUGUACUCACAGAAAAUGAGGAGGGGAAGCGCCUUGUGACUAAGCACACACUUUUUUACAUGAUGCACUGUGGGAAAGCCCUGUAUAACAACCUCCUAUGGAAGAACUGGAGUUCAAAGUAUUUAUCUCAGAUGAUGAUCAUCGGUAACAGUUUCAGUGGCAUGAGGGAAAGGACAAUCGAGAGGGAGUUGAAGGACUACAGGUACCUCAGUGAGGCGGUGGAUUUGUGUGAGGAGAGACAGCUGCCUUGUCCUUCCCGUCUAAUCGAUGUCUUCAGUGAUACAGCCGUCAUCACCUUUCCUUCCAACAACCUAAAUCAACUCCCACAAUCAACUUGGUCAGAUUCACCAGAGCCACAGUACCAGCACUGUCCCAAUUUGGAAAUUAUACUGAAGGAAACUCAGAAUUGAGAUACGAAAUAAAUAAUAGUAGAUAUACACUUUUUUUAUUGUAACUUUAUUCCAAGGCUUCAUUGUGAAGGAAAAAAUAUUGUUGACCUUUUUGGAUUAAUAAUUUUAAGCCUACACUCAAGUAUCCAUAAGCAUUUUCACAGAAAUAGCAAGAUCUGUUUAUGUCUUUUGUUUCAGCUGCCAUGCAGUUGUUUUUAUUCUCCAUAUUGUGCACCAUUUACUGUCAAUUCUAUCUAUAUCACUGUUGGCAGUUUUUAAUAAAUGUAGUCAACCUACAAUGGCUUGAAACUUUUCAUUCAUUCAUU